GCAUCGCGAACACGAACAGAAAAAAGCGACUUUUCGUUCCUCGGCCAUCAUUUUUACGCGCAUCGCAGGCUGCCAUUGCUUGGCAAACGUUUUGGGUACUAAUUUUCCGGUGAAAAUCCAGCUUUUCGACGCAGAUUCCUGCCGUCGCUACGAGAACAAUGGCUCGUUCGAAGAAUCGCUCCGAGUCGGCCGAAUCCGACAAGGAGAAGGACAAGCAGAAGCAGCGGGGCCGGGAGAAGGACCGCAAAAAGCGUAGCAACUCGAGCAGUAGCGAUAGCAGCGGAAGCUCGUCGGAUAGCAGUUCGUCCCGGAGCAGUUCCGGAUCGCGGUCCAGUUCUUCGAGCAGCAGUUCGUCUUCAUCGAGCUCGUCGUCCUCGUCAAGCAGCGGGGGAGAACGUCGCACGACCAAGCGCAAGACCGCAACCCGUUCGCCGAGCCCACCGGCAAAGGAAGCCCCGCCGAAGGAGGCCAGCAAACCGGUUCGUCCCAAGUCGAAGGAGCGGACGGAGCGCCGUGGCAGCGUUGACCGUGACAAUGAUAAGGAAAAUAAACAGACCAAGACCGGCGGCCCUGCGGCGUCAUCUCCGGAACGGCCAAGCAAGGACGGCCGCAGUCGUCGCUCGCGGUCCGGUUCGAAACGUCGCCGGAAGGAACGGUCCGUAACACCGCGCCCAACCAGAAUACACGUUGGUCGGCUUACCCGGAACGUCGUCAAGGACCACAUUCUGGAGAUCUUUGGCACGUACGGUGAAAUCCGUUCCGUAGACUUCCCCGUCGACCGGUUCCAAUCCUUUACCCGCGGAUUUUGCUACGUCGAUUUCGUCAAUCCGGACGGAGCUGAAAACGCCAUCAAGCACAUGGACGGUGGUCAGGUCGAUGGGCAGGAAAUUACCGCCAGUGCGAUUCUGGUCCAGAAGCAGCGCCCUCCGAUGAGGCGUCCCUCGCCCAUCAUGCGUAAUAACCGGCCACCACCGGGGCGUUGGCGUGGAGGAUCACCACGUCGGUACCAGCGCCGGUCGCCGAUGCGGGGUGGAGGAGGCCGCGGAGGCAGCCCACGUCGUCGACGGUCGCGCAGUCCGGUCAGAAGGAGACGCCACAGCAACAGUUCGGACAGCUCGCGUUAAGCCGCGAAUCGAGCUUCGACACAAACAAAAUGAUCAUAAUUUUCUUCUUAGGCUGGUAAGAGUAAUCCCGCCCCCCUCUUCUAUUCUUCGGUAAUAUAAUUCUUUGAGCACCUGCGGAGAGAGAGAGAGAGAAAGAAAAAAAAUCUCCAGAAUUUCUGUCACCGAUUACGAUUUGUAGCUUACGAUGAACAUUACAUGUUUUAAUAAUGUAUGCAGUAACAAUUGAUAUAAAUAAAGAAUACAUUCAUUCACCAAA